UUUAGUUCAUGACCGACUCAAACCUAGUAAAACACUGAAUUAUAUUAUUUAUUUUAAAUAGUGGCAUAGCUUUGAAUCAUCUUUGAGUGUAAUUUGUAUAGCUUUAAACCAUAUCUUAACAUAGGCCCUACUUCCCUGACGAUUACGUUUAAACCUAAGUGAUAAACUCUGCGAUGGAGUCAUCAGCUCAAAACAUUUGCGUGAAGACAGAGCCCUCUGAUGAUGCAUGUGCAACAGACUGUCCCAUCGUGGAACAAGCGUUUACGAAAGUCGAGCUGGAUGAUUGUUUCAAUGACGAACCUAGGUACGAUCUUGUGCCUGUGAAAGCCGAGUCUACAUGCUUAGACAUGAGUGCAAGAGAUGGGUUUCAUCUGUACUCAGAUCAUGUGGUGAAAGAUGAGCUUGUGAUCGGCCCCGUGCUAGUGGAACAACGCAUCGGUCGACACGCGAUAGCUUUCAACCUGGGGAUAGAAGUGAAACAGUCAUGUGAGGUCCCCGAGAAGCCCCUACUGAGGGACUGCUAUGUGAAGCUGGAGCCCCUUGAUGCCGACAACCUGCUUACUGUCGCUCGGACCGCCCCAGUUCGUACCCGAUACAGCCAGGGACCAGUUAGCAAAGCUGUUGUGUACACGAACACAGUUGAGAAAGAUAAAAGUAAACAUCAUGUGCGAUCUCAUCAGAUGAAACCGAGUACUCCUAAAAUAUACCAAUGUGCCUAUUGCAAGUAUACAACACCUCGACAAGUAUUGCUAAAUAAGCAUUUGAGAAAACAUGAGAAACCAUACAAAUGUGACCAGUGUAGUUAUGCUAGCACAAAUAGAAGUCUUUUGGACGUACAUGUAAUGAAACACACCGGCGAAAAACCUUACAAAUGUGACCAGUGCAGCUUUGCUAGCAGAUACCAACACAGUUUGAAAUACCAUGUAACAAAACACACCGGCGAAAAACCUUACAAAUGUGAUCAUUGCAGUUAUGCUAGCACAUAUAGAUCAAAUUUGAACGUACAUGUGAUAAAACACACCGGCGAAAAAUCUUACAAAUGUGAUCAUUGCAGUUUUGCUAGUAGAUACCAACACAGUUUGAAAUACCAUGUAACAAAACACACCGGCGAAAAACCUUACAAAUGUGAUCAUUGCAGUUAUGCUAGCACAUAUAGAUCAGAUUUGAAAGCACAUGUGAUAAAACACACCGGCGAAAAACCUUACAAAUGUGAUCAUUGCAGUUAUGCUAGCAGAUAUAGAAGAAAUUUGAAAGUACAUGUGAUGAAACACACUGGCGAAAAACCUUACAAAUGUGACCAGUGCAGUUUUGCUAGCAAAUAUAGGAGUAGGUUGAAUGUACAUGUAAUGAAACACACUGGCGAAAAACCUUACAAAUGUGACCAGUGCAGUUUUGCUAGCAAAUAUUCCUGUAGGUUGAAUGUUCAUGUAAUGAAACACACUGGUGAAAAACCUUAUAAAUGUGACCAGUGCAGUUUUGCUAGCAAAUAUAGGAGUAGGUUGAAUGUUCAUGUAAUGAAACACACUGGCGAAAAACCUUACAAAUGUGACCAGUGCAGUUUUGCUAGUAGAUACCAACACAGUUUGAAAUAUCAUGUAACAAAACACACCGGCGAAAAACCUUACAAAUGUGAUCAUUGCAGUUAUGCUAGCACAUAUAGAUCAGAUUUGAAAGCACAUGUGAUAAAACACACCGGCGAAAAACCUUACAAAUGUGAUCAUUGCAGUUAUGCUAGCAGAUAUAGAAGAAAUUUGAAAGUACAUGUGAUGAAACACACUGGCGAAAAACCUUACAAAUGUGACCAGUGCAGUUUUGCUAGCAAAUAUAGGAGUAGGUUGAAUGUACAUGUAAUGAAACACACUGGCGAAAAACCUUACAAAUGUGACCAGUGCAGUUUUGCUAGCAAACAUUUCUGUAGGUUGAAUGUUCAUGUAAUGAAACACACUGGUGAAAAUCCUUAUAAAUGUGACCAGUGCGGUUAUGCUAGCAUAUAUAAGAGUAAUUUGGAAGUACAUGUAAUGAAACACACUGGCAAAAAACCUUACAAAUGUGAUCAUUGCAGUUAUGCUAGCAAAUGCAGUACUAGUUUGGAAGCACAUGUAAUGAAACACACUGGCGAAGAACCUUAUAAAUGUGACCAUUGCGAUUUUGCUAGCAGAUACAAACGAAGUUUGGAACGUCAUGUAGUAAACCACGCUGGCGAAAAACCUUUCAAAUGUGAACAGUGUGGUUUUGUUAGCAGAUGCAAAAAAGGUUUGAAAGAGCAUGUAAUAAAACACGCCGUUGAAAAACCUUACAAAUGUGAUCGUUGCAGUUAUGCCAGUAGGUCCAGAAGAGCUUUACUACUCCAUGGACAUGAUCAUACUAAAGAGAUUUUUAAUAAGGGCAACCUUACAACACAGUAUGAAGUUGCAGAGCAAAGCUGGCGGCACGAUCACGAUUACGCGCGAGCGCCGCCAACGUCGGGACACAGCGCCGCUUCUCCAGAACUCGAGAGCGCUCACCGGGAGAGGUCGCGCGGACAGAGCGAGGCUAGCAGCGUUCACAUCCCGAAAUCUAUGAAGCCGACUGCCCAAGACCGCAUGAUUAUACACAAAGUUUUUGUUAAAUAAUAUUGGCUUCGUGCGAACUGCAUGGAGGGGGUAAGCAAAGCGAUCGCAGUGCUUGCGGUGGUCAAAAUCGACACUGAUUGUGGU